AUGUUGGAAACAACAGAAGUCUGUCGUUUCCCUAUGGCAGAAAGUGUGUUGCUACAUUUCAUUCACAAAAAUGUUGAUGCGAUUUCACUUUUCCAAAGAACUUGCCAAAAAAUACGAACUGUGUCGCAAAGGAGAAUCAGGCUGAAGAAGAUGCUAAGGUUGAGUCCAUUUAUGGUUAAUGAGGAGGUACAAAACGGACUGCGACCAAAUCAGCAAAAUCUUUCAUUGAAAUCAAGCAGAAAAAUGUCGAAAAUUAAAAUUCUAAAUCUUGAUAAGGAAGUUGAAGAAGGAAUAAAAUUUAUACCCGUUAAAAUCACCAACAUAUGUUUGAAAAUUUACUUUGCCUUUCCUGGGGUUGAUGAAUUGAACGAUAACAAAGAACAGUUUGAAUCGUUCGUUGGCAUUAAAAUUGCUGGUUGUUUGUUUGAAAGUCAAAAUUGUUUCAAUUCAAUAUUUACUGAAAAAUUUGUUUCACAUCACAUCGGCAUCAAUAUCUUUAGAGCUCAAAAGCUGUAUGAAAAGUGCUGUAGUAAACAGUAA